AUGGCAAAAGCUUAAUCAAAAUCCAAAAGUAGAUCUUCUUCAAAACCCGCUUAAAAAUAAUAAUAAAAAGUAAAUGUUCCUAAAUAAAAGGCUGUAAAGAAAGUUGCUGCUAAGUAAACAAAGACUUAACAUAAAAAAAAAGUUGCUCCUGCUUAAUAAGCUAAAGGAGGUAAAAAUUUGACUCACGCCCACUAACAUAGUCAUUCUCAUGGUGUAAACCACUCUCAUAAUCAUUCUCAUAAAGCAGGUGAUGAUCACAAUCAUGCUGAUGCUCACGCUCACGCUCACAAUCAUGAAGAUGCUCAUCAUGCUAAGAAUAACAAAAAAGCUGCCGCACAUCAUGCCAACGCUAAGAAAGCUGCAGUCUAAUCUAAAGUAAGAAAAGCCCCUACUAAAAGAGUUGCUGCUUAACCAAAAGCUGCUGCUAAACCAAAAGUAAGUAAAAAAAAAGCUGCUUAAAAGAAAGCUGGAAAAUAAUGA